AUGGUGCCGAACCAUCGGGAGGAUCCGAGCGAAUCUUCCAGGCGAACGAUGUCUGAUUCACCGCGGGCACACAUUUCUAGCUCGGGCUCCAGUGUAGGCCUCACUCGCAAGCCCUCCAAGCGAAGGCACCACAAGAAAUCUUCCAAAUCGCGAUCCAGCAAAGGACCGAAGAGGACCAAGUUCUCGUCACCCUACGCGCCUCAACGUCGCCUGCGACGGCAUCCCUCUGCAAUCUCCCAGUCACGAUUCUGUCCGCACAGGCGAGAGCCAUAUUCAGGCCAGCUUCCGGCGGGGGGCUUGUCCGGCCUGCCGCGGAACCACCCUCUCCUGGUGCCGAGCAUCUCAUCGUUCUACCCUCCGGGUGCAUCGCCUCUGGCACCCGGCACUCCAGUCAACAUCCCGGGUCUGCCACCUCUCAUCGCUGGCAACCCCGUGCCACUGCCGCCCGGAUUGUUCCCGCCUUCGCCAUUCAUGGGCCUUUCAUCCCCCGCAGCCUUGGUUGGUCCCAUGAUUGGAGGCGGCGCAGCGCAGCAACCUAUCGUGCUUCCCUUCCCCAUCCCGAUGCCGAUGCCCAUGUCUACGUCGGGAGGCGCUCAACAGCCAAUCGUGAUUCCGGCUCCCCCUCCACCACCGCCUUCGUAUCCGCCACCGAUGCCUUACCCGGUCUCGGCGCCAGUCGCGCAAGGCGGUGGAGGCUCAGACAACAUGGCUCUCAUGAUGAUGAUGAAGGCCAUGCAACAGGAGCGCCAGGCUGCCACCCAGCAGCGGCAGCAAGACGAGGAACGGCGUCAGGAGGAGAAGCAGGAUGCGGAGAGACGCGCGCGAAAGGAGAAGGAGGAAGAGAAGAAGAAAAAGAAGAAGGAGAAGGAAGAGGAGCGCAAACGCAAGAAAGCGGAGAGAGAGAAGACCCUGGAGGAGCGCAAAAAGGAAAUCGAGAAGAUGCAGGAGGACAACAAGCGCCAGAUUGAGGAGGCCCAAAUGAAGGCAGAAGAGGCGGCCGCCAAGAGAAAGGCCGAAAAAGAAGCAGCCCAGGCUAAAAAAGCUGCUGAAGAGGAAGAGGCCAAGAAGAAGAAAGAGGAGGAAGAGAAGGCGAAGAAAGAAGCAGAGGCUAAGGCUGCCGCUUCUGGUGCCGGAGACUCUAUGAAAGAUCCUACCAAGCACGUCAUGAAGGACCCUACAAAGAAUCCAGCCAAUAACGAUGCUGCCGCCAAUGCGCCAGAUUAUGGACAUGCCGGAGCAGCGGGCGAAGAGCAUCCUCUUCUGGGUAUUGAAGACCAACUACCGCCACUAUUUCCCUACCAACAACUUCCUGCAGGCCCCAUUCCUGCCUUGAAUAUGGGUCCAGACAUACCAGAGUCACUGAUGGUGCCGAUUUCGAAAUGUCUGACACACUGCGAGGACCGAGUGGUGGCGGUGGCCAGGGCCCAGUUAUCCUGGCAGGCACGUCCCCGCCAGCUUCUGCUGCCCAACAAGCCUACCCUUGCCCGGCGCCUUGCCACCAACACUACGCUGCUGCCUCCUCAGCAGGAGCCGCCACUUAGUCCUUUGGUGGACGCGGCUGCCAUUACUAUGAUGAUGCAGCAGAUUCGAUUGCUGCUGUCUCCACCACCGGCACGAACGCGGCGCUCUAGACAGCGAUCGCCUGAGCAAGCUGCUCCUUCUCCUCCGGCACCCGCUGCUCUGGGCCCUGGUUUGCCUGAAUGUCAUCUCCCUUUUCAGUCGAUCUUACCUCCUCAGGCACCAGCGGAAGGAGGCCCAAUUGACUUGAUGGCCGCUCUGCAAGCAAUGCUGGCGCAAGCAGAGGGUGUGGAUAGCCAGAAAAAGCCCUCCAAGGCGACUGGAAAAAGAGAUAAAGCUAGCAAGAAGGCCGAAGAAGACGCGGAGACGAAACAUCGCAUGGACGGGGGCAAAAAGCCUGUGGAGGAAGGUAAGGAAGCGAACGGUGAAAAGGAUAGGGAAGGAAAAGAAGAAGAGAAGCAAAGUAGGAAGAAGAAGGAAACCGAAAAGCAGGAGAUGAAGUUAAAAAGGUUGACAGCACUGACGAAGAAGCUCAAAUCUCCGUUGACACAGGAGGCACGACCCCUG